CACACCACACACGCUCAACUGUGACGGAUUACAGAGCACAACAGAGGAGACUCAUUCAGGGAACUGACGACCGGACACCGUCAGCAACUUUGCCUCCAACAUGUCAAAGAUUUUCAAGAAGACCAGUGGCAAUGGCAACAUUGCAUUGUACUUGGGGAAGAGAGACUUUGUGGACAACGUGGAUUCAGUGGAAGUAGUCGAUGGGGUGAUUAAAGUGGACCCAGCUAAUCUUAAUGGCAGAAAAGUAUUUGUCUACCUUGCUUGUGCCUUCCGCUACGGCAGCGAAGACUUGGAUGUGAUUGGCCUGUCCUUCAGGAGGGACAUCUGGGUAAAGCGUGUGCAAGUAUAUCCACCUGUAGGAGGAAACUCACCCAACACUCCAAUGCAGGAGUCUCUGAUGAAAAAAGUUGGAGAUCAAGGAUAUCCCUUCUCCUUCCAGAUGCCAACAGAUCUCCCAUGCUCAGUGUCAUUGCAGCCUGGACCUAACGAUGCUGGCAAGGCCUGUGGUGUUGACUUUGAGGUAAAAGGCUAUGUCGCUAACGAGCCCGACAACGCAGAUGAGGUCAUUGAGAAGAAGGAUACCUGUCGUCUGAUGAUUCGCAAAAUACAGUUUGCACCAACCACCAACAAAGCCGGACCCAAGGCUGAUAUCACCAAGCAGUUUAUGAUGACUGACAAACCAGUUCACUUGGAGGCCUCCCUUGAAAAAGAGACUUAUUACCAUGGGGAUCCAAUCACUGUAAAUGUAAAAAUCAACAAUGAGACCAGCAAGAUUGUGAAGAAAAUCAAAGUCUCCGUGGAGCAGUCAACAUCUGUGGUGCUCUACUCAUCUGACACCUACACCAAGCCUGUCUGCACUGAGGAGUUUGGGGAGACAAUCAAUGCCAACUCAACGUUUGAGAAGAGCUUCCAAAUAAUUCCCCUGCUGUCCAACAACAAAGAGAAGCGCGGUCUUGCAGUGGACGGACGGCUAAAAGACGAGGACACCAACCUAGCGUCCACCACCCUGAGUCAAGGACAAAAGGAGAUGCAGGGAAUCAUUAUCUCCUACAAAGUCAAGGUCAAUUUGAUUGUGUCCAGUGGAGGACUUCUGGGUGGCCUAACAGCAAGUGACGUCACCGUAGAGCUUCCUCUGACUCUGAUGUCCCCAAAACCUGCAGAAGUCAAAGUGGAGUAAAGGCCUCUUUAGUUCAGGUCCGAUGUAAAUCUUGAGUAGAGUUCCCCUGGAGGAAUCAGAGGACCAAAGAAGGAAAAUCAACUCACCGACGAAGAACUGAGAACACAAAGGAACUCAUCACCAGAGAAGAAAGGAACAUCAAAGAAUCACUGUGGUUAUUACAAACAUUUGUUUCCCUCUAUCUACACUAUAUAUUUCUUUCAGGUGUUGUUAUCCAAGCUAUAUGACUGAAAAAGGCAUUCUAAGUCCCAACUGUGAGCGAUGUGUUUCUCUAAGGCCUGCAGACGUAGCUUCAAACACAAACAUUUGGCCCAUAUGUUUUUCUUUCACAAGUGAAAUGUUCCAUAGUAUAGAGCAUAGACAUUUUCUUUUUGCAUAUGGUAUAAAUACAGAGGCUGAAGAGCUUCACUUAUUCAUUAUCUUUAUUGCUGUGCCAUUAGGGCCACGCAAUAAAAUGACUGGAUGUACAGCUGUGGGAUGAAUGCCCUAGAAAACCCCUAACAGUGGCAAUCUGUGAGGACAAUUGAGAAAUAAACACACUGCUUCCCACAUUA